CAGUGACGUAAAGGUCAGCUGCUGAAAGGUCAGACACAUUGUAUCCAAGAUGUCGGCCUCCUUGUGUCGGUGCUACCAGCUUUGUAUUGCACGGAGUGUGCAUGUCCUGUCUGCACGAUCCUAUGUGUCCCCCUUCAACAGAGCCCACGUGUACAGGAUAUGCAGGACCCCCAUAGCACAGCCACAGGUGCAGUACUCUUCGCGCGGCGGGGGGCGGAAAGGCUUCCUGUCCGAGUUCGUGGACAGCGUCAAGCAGGAGCUCAACAAGAACAAGGAGAUGAAGGAGAACAUCAAGAAGUUCAGGGAGGAGGCUCAGAGACUGGAGGAUUCAGAUGCACUGAAGCAAGCCCGGCGGAAAUACAAAACGAUUGAAUCAGAAACUGUGAAAACAUCAGAGGUGCUAAAGAAGAAAUUUGGAGAGCUGUCGGAAACUGUGAAGGAGAGUCUGGAGGAGGUGGGCCGCUCGGACCUCGGGAAGAAGAUCAAAGAGGGGGUGGAGGAGGCGGCCAAAACAGCCAAACACUCAGCAGAGUCUGUGAGCAAGAGCGGAGAGAAACUGGGCAGGACCGGAGCCUUCCGAGCCAUCUCUCAGGGAGUGGAGACUGUGAAGAAAGAGAUUGAUGUCCUGGGACAGACGGGCUCGUACCGCCCCCCUUCCCGGCUGAGGAAGAGGACCGAGUUUUCGGGGAAGUCCGGAUCUGCAGAGGACAAGGCCUUCGAACCCAAUGAAGAUGCCAUGGGGGUCGUACUGCACAAGGACUCCAAGUGGUACCAGCAGUGGAAGGACUUCAAAGACAACAAUGUGGUUUUCAAUAGGUUCUUCGAGAUGAAAAUGAAGUACGAUGAGAGUGACAACGCUUUCAUCCGCGCCUCCCGGGCCGUCACGGACAAAGUCACAGACAUGAUAGGCGGGUUAUUUUCCAAAACGGAAAUGUCCGAGGUUCUGACGGAGAUCCUCAAAGUGGAUCCCACGUUCGAUAAAGACGUGUUCCUGAAGCAGUGCGAGCAGGACAUUAUCCCCAAUAUCCUGGAGGCUAUGAUCCGAGGAGAGCUGGAUGUCCUGAAGGACUGGUGUUACGAAGCUACUUACAGCCAGCUGGCUCACCCGAUCACGCAAGCCCGGGCCAUGGGACUGAUGUUCCACUCCAAGGUCCUGGACAUUGACAACAUUGACCUGGCCCUGGGGAAGAUGAUGGAGCAGGGCCCGGUGCUGAUCAUCACGUUUCAGGCUCAUCUGGUCAUGGUGAUCCGUGGCCCCAAGGGAGAGGUGGUGGAGGGUGACCCUGAGAAGGUGUUGCGGAUGAUGUAUGUGUGGGCGCUGUGCCGCGAUCAGGACGAACUGAACCCCUCCGCAGCCUGGAGACUGCUGGACAUCUCCGCCUCCAGUCAGGAGCAGGUCCUCUGAGCAGGGGCCCCUCUCUCGCCCAGGGCCAGGGGCCACAGCGUUGCAGGGGGGGUGGACGGCUCCUCAAGUCCCGGCAGCGGCCCUACAAACACUGCCCCAGACUGCUGUUCAGUUCCACUGCCUUCAGUGCCCGUGGCUCGCCCUCGGGACACAGUGCUGGUCUGUUUGACCAUGGGAUUGUAAAGUCUUUGAGGGCCACUGGAGCAGUUUACACCCAGAUGGAGACUCGCUGGCCACUGGCCAUGCCAUUGUAUCUUAGUGCCCAACACAGCUACCAUGCACGUCAAGUCAAAUAGGACUUUUUUUUUGGGGGGGGGGGGGGGGGGGGGGGUUAUGGUGCCAUAAUAUAAUGAGGUUUUAAAUAAGGGCUGCUUUUGAAACUCGAACGCACACAGAGUUUGCCAGUUUCCAGGAUGAUGAGAGUUGGACAGAAUCCAACAUCUGGAGGCUUGGGUUGCAUGCGAGAUGAAUUUGGUCGACUGCACGCACUUUGGCACAAAUGUCAGUCUCUGCUUGAAAGGCUUUUACAGAGUACACUGUUCAAGCUUCAAGAUCUUAUCCAAACAGAGACUGGCAGUUGUACCAAACUGUGUCAAAGCAUAUUGGGUGUCAAGCGUGGAUGCCUGUUUGUCUGUGUGGUUUUGCAUCAACUCUUGCAGAUCCCUUAGAGGGAUGCUGUUUUGUGAGCACCCUGGGUCUCAUUGCAUUUCUAAAGAGGAGAUUAAAAGCUCCUGAAUUUGGUUUCCAACACAAGAAUUCUGCUGACAUUUAACAGGACUGCCAUAGUGGGUCACUUGCUUUUUCACAUUGUAAACUUAUCUCAUUACUAUAGUAUUAGGUAUCCCCUGCAGGGUUGGGUACCACAAACAUCACAAUCUAGCUUAUGGUGCACUAAUGAAGACUAUAUCCUUGCAUGAACUUUUACUGCAGGACGUCAUUCCACAGGCUGGCAAUGUAGGUGUGGGUGACGUACCUUUUAACAGAUCGAUUUGAAGGGUAAAUCUGGGGAACUGCUUGACCAGUUUUGCUGCCACUGCAUGGCAUUCUGAGGUUUUCAGCAUGCUUUGAAUGUAGGAGACUGUGACCUUACUGUGACCCUUUGCUAGAGGGUAUGUAUGUCGCUGAUGCACAUUGCGUUCUUUGAGACUCUGCUGAACUGUACCACACACGCGCUGGGUUAGUGGUCUUUGUGUGUGUCGGGAGAUUCCAUUAAACCACCUGUAUUUUGAUGUCGAUAAAGGUUCUCAAGAUUGAGGUUCUAACAAUUCACUGUUUUGUCCGAGACGUGUAGGUGAGCACUUGAGAGUUAGUCAGACCCCAGUGGCUUAAAGGACGUGGAUAUAGUGUAAUAAUUCCUGUAAUGCGAGUUGCCAUCCAGUCGUGGGUCCGGUGCUUUCCUGUAAGAUAGAGGCACACAUUCUGGUAACAGGCUGUUCAUAGGAAAAACAGCGAUGGAUUACCGAACAAAACUUCCAAGAGGUGAAGAAGAUUGAGUCCUGAUACCUGGGCUCUCCUCCUCUAAACCAUAGCUGCUUUUCCUGUGUUUCUGAAUCAAUCUUGCUGCCUCAUCCAUUCGUUUACAGGAAUUAAUUUGCUGUAUUUGUGCCCUUUUUAAAGAGAAAAAGGAUGGUUUAACAACUUUUUUUAAAUUGUUUUUUAUAUACCAAUAGAUCUUGAAAAACAAAGUAAGUGGGGUUCUGUUGGGUGUGGUGGAACUCUUAUGUAUUUUUGUCAGAGCUGUGACUGGUGCAAACAGACAACCAUUUGCUUCUCUUCCCUGGGGAGAGAUUUUCCAGCAGAACGUUGCCCCUGUAUGUUGGUAGCCUGCCCCUUGUGUUGACUGUGUAUUGCAGCACCAGUUCUGCAACAUGGGAACGCGCGGUCUCUGUGUAUUGUUUGUAUUAAAUAAACAUCCAUGCUGGUGUUUUUAACCAGUGUAAACUCAUUUGAACAGAAAACAUGUGGAGUCUUGUCUCUGUAGCUUUUGCCCAGAAAAUUGUCCCUGUUUUUGUUUUUGCAGGGAUGGAAAUAAUACUCCCAUUGCAUAGCAGUUUGAUCCUGGUUUUACUGUAUACAUGGUGGAUAACCAAGCUCGUAGUAAAACCUGGAAUGGGUGAAACUGCUAUGCAAUAGGAGU